ACAUUUAUCUUAUUUUAAUUGAACUAUGCCUACAUGUUGUUCUUGAGAAUAAGUCUUUAAACCUAAAGUAUAGUCUAUGUCCAUUGUACCCUCCACCAGUACAAGCUAUCCUUAAUUUGGCAGCCGAUAAAAUAUCGCUAUGUAAGGGAUAUUACAUUUAUUUAGGUCCUUCACGGUCUCCUCUGCUCGGGUCCAAGUUUAUACUCUUUGCCAGCCGUCGGGAGCGAUGCCUGCCACCCACUGGACCACUAGAACGUACACGACUGUGUCGCCGACAGCUGGCAUUCGGGGUAACAAGCAUUACUAAAAAGUUCCAUUACAUAGGACAUCGUUAGCAGAUAAAAUGGGACUUCCACAACUGAAUUCGUGCUGCUUCUUUUUUGACCUAAAAACUGGGACGAUCAUAUGUGGAGUCAUAAAUUCGAUUCUAUCCUUCAUUAUGUUGGUCGCCUUGAUAGUGACUGCUGCGAUUUUCGGAAGCCUGCAGAGCAACGAAGAAAUUAAAAACGACCCGGAUGCUGAAGCGUACAUGACCGGUCUAUACGUCAUAUCGAUCAUACUGGUCCUCAUGUACUUGGUCAAGUUCCUCUCUGAUUUGGUGUUCGUCUAUGGCGUUUUGAGGGAAAAUACAGGCAUCAUCAAAGCGUACCUGAUCGUAUGGCUUGUGUUCUUCCUGCUGUCAACCUUCCUGUUCUUCCUACACAUCGCGGAUUUCCACGCAGCUACUAUCGUUACGGAAAUAAUUUACACGGGACUGAAUCUGUACGCAUUGCUCUUGGCCAACAGUUUCUACAAACAGCUCAACUGUCGAGAAGAACUGUAGAUUAUUGUACGGAUAAUGAACCAAAAAUGACAACACAGUUUAUGCCUAGGCUGUUCAUUUAUACCGGAUACAUAGUUGAAAAAUUUUUGGGGUUUGGAUGAAAAAAUGUUUACCAAUAUUCUUUGUUCCUAUUCUUAUUUUCACUGAAAAUAAAGCUCAAAAGUGUACUCUACUAUAAAACGAAAAAUCUAAAAAUAAUUUAACCUACCACGAAAUUGACACAUUCGUCAAAACUGGUAGAAUAAAGUUUAAAACUUUUAAAAUACCUACCGUUUUACUAAACGUUUAAUGAGUUAAGUGAUAGAAGUGAACAUUACCCUUAAUCAAAAUCACAGAUUUUGGGUUAAGAACUAAGAUGUUUAAGAAAGGUGUUUAAAAAAGAGAAGCUAGUUGCUAUUGGCCUAAUACUUAGUACAUUAUGAAGCAUUACUUAGACACUUCGUAAAUUAAUAUUUACCUUUGUUAAGUUGUUUGAUCAUGGCCAGUAUAUUUGUGAUGUUAAAGAAAAUUGCAUGUAAUUUUUAGUAAAAUAUAUUUAUAAAAACCUAUUUACACAAGUACCUUAAUAAUUAACGAUACUGAUUAUUAGAUUCACACGAAAUUAGUCAAAAGCUUUGAGGUUAAUUUUAAUUUAAAUACACUCAAAAAGUGAAUAUUUUUUUAUUUUACAACAGUGUUUUUAUAAUUAAUUUAAGUAUAGACAAUUAGACAUUUUAGUGACAUUCCGUGUGAAUCUAAAUUGUCAAUUAUUACGAUUUAAGUAUAGGUAAAAGACGUAAUUUAACAUAAUAUGCUUAUUUUAUAGACAACAUACCUACCUACAAUUUUUUAUUACAUUUUACUGUGGUUAUGUGGUAUCAUUUAUGUUCCUGUGUUAUCAUUAUGAAUUUAAUUAGCUGAUACGAAUAUGAACAUACAUUUCACAAAGUAAAAUUUUCUUAUUACGUUUACUUCAUCUUAAUGGAUUUAUUAAAUGGUUUAUAACAGAAUGCAGGAACAAGAACAUAAAUUGUUAUUAAAUUUUUUAAGCGUUAAAAGUUGCAUCUCAAAUCUCAAACCAAAUUAUAAAUAACUUGAAAAAAUUUAACUGCGGCGGGAAGCGAACCCACGAUUUAAGGGUAGGUUAGUACCUAACUAGCCUAACCUUCCCUUAAAUUGUACCUUUAAAAUCGUUGGGUAGGUAGUCCCAACAUUGAUGAAACAAUCGCUGAUCGUAACAGCGUAUUAUACCUACACUUAAAUCCAGUGUCUAUUAGCUCAAAUCGAAGAGCGAGCAGUCGCCCGAGCGAAAGGUCGGGGGUUCGAUUCCCGGCUUAGGCAGUUCGACAUUUUCUAGUUAUUUAUAAUUUAGUUUAAGGAGCAUAAUAUAUAUGUAAUAGGAGGCAUUUUCUUGCAUUUUCCGUAUUAAUAUCACCCAAAAUAUAGUUAUUUUAACCAUUUACUAUUGUCCUAAUAAAUAACAAGUGACAACUAAAUAUUCUAUCCUUAAUAAUUACAAUAAAUGACGUAGUUAUUUAAUAAUUUGUGCCAGCAUACCUUUUACUUCAAUUUAGGUUUUAAGGAAAAUCUACAUUUUUAGUCAACCAACAUGUUAGCAACCGGAUUUGUACGAGUGUUUUAUAUUAUGGAAAUCGAUUGGUUUUAUUGGAUUUAACCAAGUUUAUCUAAUAGUCACGCAAGUGUCAUACUAAAAUGUUUGUUAUUAUUACUUUGGUACCAGCUGAUUCUUUCUACAAAUUGGUAGACGACCAAAAUAUCGGCCGACUAAAAGUCCGUAGUAUUCGGGGUGUGUAAGAUAAAUGGAUAUAACACUGGUAAACAAUCUUCUGUGAAGCGAGAGACCAUGUUUCGAUUCCCACCUUAGGAUGCGUUUUCGCCAGAGAUUUGCGAGGAUGGAGUUCUCGCGACCCCUAAUCUUCUUUUGGCGAAAUUCGUCAAUCUUCGGCUUUAUUCUGCGAGUGAUGUGUUUGUAAAGAACCAAUAGAAUCUCUUCCUUUACCGAAACUUCUAUUGGUUCUUUACAAACACAUACAUCCCUCGCUACGCAUCCUCGCACAUUUCUGGUGGAAACGCAGCCUUAUGCAGUCGAUUUGAUCAAGACCAACAUCAUGUUCUACUCAAAUUCUUAUGUCACUAGACUGCUUGUGUACCUUAUAAUCUACGUAUAAUUAAAUUACUGUUAAUUUUGUUGUAAUAUUAACGUGCUCGUGUAAAGUUGAAUAAAUAACCAACUUAGUUAUAUUUGAGUCUUCCAGCGACGUACCACUUUUAGUUUGGACCACGAGCCAAGUUUUGAAUUUUUAAAUAUUUUUUCUAUAAAAAUCUACCAUAGAAUCUUAGAGUGAGCCCAGAUGCCGGAAGAAAAAAUAUUUAAAAUUUCAAUCAGAUGACUUGGCAUUUGGACCAACUUAUAAAGGGACCAAAUCGUUGGAAAACUCAUUACAUUUACAUGGACAUGUAAAUAAAUAUUUAUAUAAUACAUGUUACAAAUGUAUGUCUGUUUAUGCCACUAGGUAAUGUAUUGUAUACCUACUUGUCUGUUAUUUCAAAUAAAAUAAACGAAUGACAAAAUGUUUUUCUCGUAUAAUGCUAAAUAGGUAACCUACAGUUACUUAUUUCAAAAACAUAACAUGACACCUACAUAUCACUUGAAAAUAAUAAUAGGGGUAAAUCAUUAUUUAUUUCAAUUUCAUUAUUAUAUUAAGCCCAUAUUUUCUUCAAUGAUAAUAUUCGGUUUUUUGGUUUUAUACUUUGGUCAGCAGUAAAUGCAAAUUUCAAUUAAAUUCACCACUAGGGGAACCUGUUGUACUUAGGCCAGUUUUUAGAAUUUAGAUUU